AUGAUAUUCAUAGACCAAAUGCAGCAAUGCAUCGACGAGCAUCGAGAAGAACUAGACGUCCAAUUGGAUCCGAUCAAAUCAGAUUGUGAUGACUUUGAAGAAAAAUUCUAUGAAUCUACCCAAAAUAGAGAAGAAGAAGAUCGUGCGAUACAAUCGAUUGACCAAUGGGAAGACAAUUCAAUCAGACUUAUUCAAGAAUGUGCAAAUUAUUGCAGACAGAGUUUAAACCGAUACCGAGAAGAAGGUUUCAAUGAAAUAAAGUCGAAUUUCACUGAAAUAACUUUUCAAUUGAAGUCGUUUCGAGAAACUCGGAAUUUUCACGAACAACAUCUACGAAAACUAAGAGAACAGCUGGAAAUAUUACGAAAACAACUUCGAACUCCAUCGGUUCCUACCAUUCAGCGGCAUUCACGAUUAUUCGUUGACCAUAUAUCACUUACUCUACCAUACGAACGAUUAUUCUCAACAAAAGCAAUUCCACUCAGUGCAAAAUGGGAACAAAAUGGUUUAAUCAUUGCUGGAGGAAAUGGAAAUGGAAAACAAUUGAAUCAACUUAAUCGUCCUUUUGAUGUUUACUUCAAUCCCAGCGAUCAAACGAUGUAUAUCUCUGAUACAUUAAAUGAUCGUAUUGUUCGAUGGAAAUACGGUGAAAGUACUGGGUAUAUCAUUGCUGGUGGGAAUGAGAAUGAAGACGAAUUCGAUUCAUUAAUAUGUGCAGCGUCAGUUGCUGCUCAGGAAAAUAGAAGUAGAGUGAAUUUAUUAGUGUCCCCAUCGUCAGUCAUUGUUGACGAACGAAAUGAUUCACUGAUUAUUUGUGAUCGAGGACAUAGUCGAAUCGUACAAUGGGAUCGUCAGAAUAGUUUAAUGAAAACGAUUGUAUCAAAUAUAAGUGGUAUAGGCUUAACCAUGGAUAUUCAUGGAAAUCUAUACGCAUCAGAUACAGUUAAUCAUGAAGUGAAGCGAUGGAAACGAGGCGAUGCGGAUGGAGUGGUUGUGGCUGGUGGCCAUGGAAUGGGUUGUGCUUUGAAUCAACUUAAUUAUCCUAGUUAUAUAUUUGUUGAUGAAGACUUGUCUGUAUAUGUCUCCGAUUCGAAUAAUGAUCGUGUAAUGAAAUGGGAGAAAGAUGCAACUGAAGGAAUGAUUGUUGCCGGUGGGAAUGGACGAGGAAAUACCGAGAAGCAACUGAACAGGCCGCACGGUAUUGUAGUUGAUCGUUUACGUAAUGUUUAUGUAGCUGAUCGAGACAAUUAUCGAGUUGUAUGUUGGCCAAACGGAUCGCAAAAGGGUCAUGUUAUUGUCGGAGGAAAUGGGAAAGGCAAUCGAGCAGAUCAAUUAGAUCAAAUUCACGGUUUAGCAUUCGAUCAACAGAAAAAUCUCUGGGUUACUGAUUGCGGUAAUCAUCGAAUACAAGUAUUUAAAUUUCUGGGUCCAGAGGAUAAAAUUCAAUUAGAUUCAGAACUGUUUGAUACGUUCAAUCUACAUACAAGCGAUUAUUCCUCGAACUUUGUCGGUGGCGGGGGCCUCAGUUUGGGAUUCUUUAAAAUUGGUGGUUCAUAUUCGCAAGAAUACAAACAAGUCAAGAUGCGUCAGGGAAAGGAAAAAACAGUGACUCUUCGAAACGAAUUCAAUCAUAUAUUAGUGGAUGUUAUCCUUGANCUUAUGGCGAUUGGAAUUCGAGACAUAAUGAUUAUAAUCAAAGAAGAAGAUUAUGAAUUAUAUCGAAACUUAUUAAAAGAUGGAAAUCAAUUUGGUUGUCGUUUGAAGUAUCAGAUUCAAAAUGAACCAAAUGGAAUUGCACAAGCAUUCGUUCUCGUAGAAGACUUUUUAGGCAAUGAAAAUGUUGCAUUGAUUCUCGGUGAUAAUUUAUUUUAUCACGAAGAUCUUUUGCAUCAAUUACGAACGUUAACGAAUGUCGAUGGAGCGCAGAUUUUUGCUUAUGAAGUGUCCGAUCCACAUCGUUAUGGAAUUGUUGAACUUAAUGACGAUCAUCGACCGGUUUCAAUCGAAGAAAAACCGUCGAAACCGAAAUCGAAUUAUGCGAUUACAGGUUUGUAUUUUUAUGAUAACGAUGUUGUUCAAAUCGCGAAAAGUCUGCGACCUUCACAUCGAGGUGAAUAUGAAAUCACUGAUGUCAAUCGGGUUUAUUUGGAGAAGAAUAAACUUCGCGUUCAUUUGUUAAAUAAAGACACGGUUUGGUUUGAUAUGGGAACAUUUCAAUCGUUGAAUGAUGCGUCGAAUUGCAUUCGUUCAAUUGAAAAUCAAAGAUGCAUCCCGAUCGGCUCGAUUGAAUUAGUUGCUUUUAUGAUGAAGUAUAUCGAUAGGGAACAAUUUAUUAGAUUAUGUGAAUCUUUGACUAACAGUGAAUAUGGUUCGGAACUGAGACAAGUUCUGAAUAAAUAA